AUGGGUGCUGCAGAGAGUAAAUUAGCUUUUCGUCAAACUGUCUUGCGACUGUUUGAAGAACGUAACAUUGCAGCAUCCGAUGAGGCAUUUUGGUCUCAGUUUUGGGAAGUGCCCGAAUCGAUGGACCAUGUUUUCUCCUCUUUCGGGGCGAGUGACAUUCGUCGUUUACGCGAUUCUGCAAGAGAGAACCUCGAAACUCUGCUGGAUAAACUGUUAGAUAAGAUGGAAGCUCACGUUAAUGCAAUCAACGCAACUCCUGAAAAAUUUCCUUCCCAACACUUAUUGAACUGCUGUCGAGUCAUGGCGCGUAUUAUGCCGUUUAUUUUUGAGGACACGGAUAGCCAGGAAUGGGAGACGAGCUUCUUUUGGACCCCGGUUGCCGCAGGUCAAAAGAGCGAUCCACAAAUCGAAAAAGAAGGGGAUGCUGAUGUGGAGAAUUCCUCAGCUUCCAAGUCAGUCGAACAGUCAGUGACUCGUGGACAACGGCUGCUAUCACUGACGGUCCGCUGUCUAUUUUUAUCGGGUUUUACACUUCCGGCAUCCCUGACCACGAAGGAAUCGCGAACAGCAUAUGUGAUUUGGGAACCCGGUGUGGGUUCUUCAGUGUCUGUGGGCAAUGAGCAGCAACAUUUAUUGCACCGUAUUGAAGUCCUGCGAUUGCUGAUUGUUCUCUUGUCCAAAUCCAUCUACGUGUUGCCCGACGAGCAAAUGUCAUUCGACAACCCAUGGCUAUCGUAUGUCAUCAAAAACAUGGAUCGGAAAACAGUACUCGUCUUGCUCUGCAGUUUGAUGAAUACCGCUUGUCAAUAUGAUCCUGUGGGCUGGGGUGUGCCUUACAAUUAUCUUUUGGUGGCGGACCCCCGUGAACAAUUGGCCGACAAAUGUUUGCGUCUGUUACUGAUUCUCCUCGAUGGACAGUCCCCCAGAGAUUCACCUGCGUUCUUUGGUGAAAAAUCCACCCCAGUUGUUCCUACGGAUGACACCGCUUCCAACAAAGGCUCACCUACAGAGCAAGAAUCUGUAGGUCGAAACAGUAUCAGCAACGGCUCUGUCACAUCCGAAAUGGAUACCUCCGUACAUGAUAAUGCUUUCCGUCAUCAUCUGUCAAAGCUGCACCGUUCACAAGACUUUAACUUUCUCGCCACCGGCAUGUAUCGUGUGCUUGUGAACCCAUUACAGGCAAGUAAUACUUACCUUCCUGGAUCGACGAAGCGAGUGUCGUGCCACGUUGAAAUGGUGAUGCUUUUCUGGCGCCUGUGCGAUAUCAAUCCGCGCUUUACUGCUCAUCUGACGAAGAACAAGCAAAUUAUGGACUUCAUUGUUGUGCUUAUUUUCUAUGCGAUGGAGAACAAAUUGCAAGCAGCGCAUAUUGACGUUGUGCGGAUGUGUACUUACAUUCUGCAAUGUCUUUCUUCUGAACGAACCGUAUGUAUCCUUCUCAACCAACAGUUCACAACACAAGCUUCGUUACCCCCAGUCGUACGCAUUCCCGCCUUUUACGGUACAUACGGUGACUUUCUUGUCAUUUCUAUUUUCAAUCUCAUUGCAAACUCGCGCGGGACACUUGCCUCGUUGUAUCCAUCGCUCGUAUUGACUAUUACCAACGCCUCCCCCUACCUGAAAAACUUGUCUAUUUCUGCUUCUGGAAAAUUGGUAUCCUUAUUCAACUCUGUCUCGACACCUGGCUAUUUAUUUGCUGGUGAAUACAAUCAUGACAUUCUUGGAUUUUUGCUGGAAGCUUUCAAUAACCUCAUUCAGUACCAAUUCUCCGAUAAUCCUAAUUUGAUUUAUGCUCUUGUCCGUAACCACGUCAAAUUUGAGAAACUGCGAGACUUUUCCUAUGAUGAAGCUGUUAACCAACUGAAGCGAUCACGGAAACGCAAUAGCGAAUCAUUGCCGACAAUGGAGAAAGAGAAAACGACGGAGAUACGGUCAUCCGAUGAACAAUCGAACUCCCCAGAUAAUGUAGAAUUGGCCUCUUCCGUGUCGCUGAAAGAAUCAGAAACGACAGAUGUCACAUCGACUUCGACCUCUCAACCACAAGAUUCUGCGAUUAUUCACCGCAACCUUCCGUCCAAGGAAUGGGUAAUGCAAUGGUAUGCGCAACUCCCACUACAGCCUGUUCUCUUGCUAUUGGAGCAUGUCUUACCACAAGUGGAAGCCAAGUGUUCUAUUGAAUCUCUCACUACCGAUCAAGAGGUGUUGGCGUUUCUGCGUACCAUGACCCUCGUCGGCGUGUUGCCUCCUCCUCAACCGCUCCAUGUUCGACGAUUCUACUGGGCGGAAGCCAUGGUUGUUUGGCUGAGAAGUGUUUUAUGGGGUCAUGCCUAUCUUUCAUCUUUGAAAGAUUGCGGUCUGUGGAAUGGAACGCAUAUUCGAUUGUUUUAUAUUCAGCAAUCUGAACCUCCACAAUCCAGUACUGAAUCAGAAACUCAACAGCAACAAGAAGCCAAGUAG